AUGGCGAUCUGCGGCGACAACAGCGCCGCCACUAAACAAAACAAAAUGAAACUUUACAUACCAGAGACAAGUCUGUCAGAAACAGAAAGAACUGAUUCCUGCAUACAAAAAAUAAUUCGAGAGAAAUUCAAAUCGUGUAACGUGUUGACAAUAGCCCAUAGAUUACAUACAAUUAUCGAUUCAGACAGAAUACUGGUUUUAGUUAAUGGAAAACUUGAAGAAUUUGACAGUCCUUAUAAAUUACUGCAGAAUGUAAAUGGUACUUUUUAUAACUUGGUAAAAAACACGGGAGUUACUUCAAUGGAUGAGCUAUUUAAAAUUGCUGAAAAUAAAUUUUAUAUUCAAGAAUGUAUCAAAAGAACGAGAUUAUAA